AUGUUGGAGCUGACGGUGACGCCCCUGUCCUCGCUGGCUGACCGGCCGGUGCGGGUGCACGUGCGGGGGCUGGCCCCCUCCCAGCUGGUCACUCUGCUGGCCUCGCUGACAGACGAGCGUGGUGUCCGCUUCCAGGCGCGUGCCUUCUACCGUGCUGACAGGGAUGGCGAGGUGGAUGCUGAACGCCACGCCGCCCUGGGAGGUGACUUCACUGGCGUCUGGCCCAUGGGGCUCUUCUGGUUCCUGCGUCCUGACACCCUCUUCCAGCGCCUGGUCAAGCGGGAUGUGGUGGGCAGCCCUUUCCGCGUCUGCCUUGAGGUCUUCGAUGCCUUCCACCUGGUGACGGGGCCCGAGGACCAGCCGCUGGCCACCCGCCCCGCCGCGCUGGGCCCGGGUGUGCAGCGUGUCCCCAUCCGUGAGGGCAGGGUCCGUGGGGCCCUCUUCCUGCCACCAGGACCCGGGCCCUUCCCAGGAGUGAUCGACAUGUUUGGGGGUGCGGGGGGCCUCAUUGAGUUUCGAGCUGGGCUGCUGGCCAGCCGGGGCUUUGUGGUGCUGGCCCUGGCCUUCUUUGCCUAUGAUGACCUGCCCCGCACGCUGGCUGAGCUGGACCUGGAGUACUUCGAGGAGGCAGCUGACCUGCUCCUCCGGCACCCCAAGGUGCGAGGCCCUAGCCUGGGUGUCAUCGGCGUCUCUAAAGGGGCAGAGGUGGCCCUGGCAAUGGCCAGCUUCCUCCCGCAAGUGGUGGCCACAGUGUGGAUCAACGGCACAGCCUCCCUCCAUGGAACCCCACUGCUCUACAAGGGCCUCCGCAUCCCCCCCAUCCCCUACUACCCUGAGCGCCUGGUGCUUACUGAGCUGGGGGCCUUGGACAAUGCUAGCGUCUUCGGGGACCCCCGGGACCCCGCUCACAGUGGCUCUGCCAUCCCCGUGGAGAAGGUCCAGGGCAAGGUGCUCUUUGUAGUGGGGGAGGCAGACCGCAACUUCAACAGCAAGCUCUUUGCCGAACUGGCCAUGGCGCGGAUGCAGAAGGACAGCUACCGCCUGCUCUCCUACCCUGGGGCUGGACACCUCAUCGAGCCACCCGGCUCGCCGCUCUGCAGCUUCUCAGCCAUCCGAGGCAGCCCCAUGCCAGUGAUGUGGGGGGGUGAGCCCCAGCCCCACGCCAGGGCCCAGGAGCACUCCUGGCAGGAGAUCAUCAGCUUUCUGGAGCUGCACCUGGGCCCUAUGGCCAGCUGUCAGCUGUGACAGCAGCAGGGGGUCCAUGGGGGAGAAGGGGACCAGGAGGAGUGGGUGCCAAUAAAGUGCGAGACCACGGCCA